AUGGAUUUAUCUAUUGCCAAACCAAUCACGUUAAAAUGUGGCCUCACCUUACCUAAUCGCCUCACCAAGGCGGCUAUGGCAGAGAGGCUAGCUGACAAGGAGAGUCUUCCAGGUGGGAAACAGUGUCUUGCUACUUAUUCUGCUUGGGCCAAAGGAGGUUGGGGCUUGAUCAUAUCUGGAAACGUGCACAUCGACCCUGCGCAUUCUGGAGCACCGGGUGACUUUGUGAUCAAUCGGGCUUUGCCGAGAGAAAAGACACUCGCAGCGUGGAAGGCCUGGGCGAAUGCUUGUACUCAGAAUGGCACCAAGGCUAUAGUCCAGAUCAAUCACCCGGGACGUCAAGCACCUUUCGUAAAGAGUCUUGCUCCAAGCCCAAUUCCUCUUGAUCUGGGCAAGGGAUGGUUUCCGUGGCUGGUCAGGGCACUGGUCUAUGGCACGCCGAAAGAGAUGACAGAACUCGAGAUCCAGGACGUGGUGACAAGGUUCGUCGAAGCGGCACAACUAUCAGUUGAGGCAGGGUUUUCUGGUGUGGAAAUCCACGCUGCACAUGGAUACCUGCUGGCACAGUUCCUCUCCCAACGCUCAAACCACCGCACGGAUGCAUACGGAGGCUCACCACUAGCAAGGGCGAAGCUUGUUGUGGAUAUAAUCCACGCCAUAAGAAAUGCCGUUCCAGCUGGAACUUGUGUUGGGAUUAAGGUAAACUCGACUGAUCACACAGACCUCAGUGAGCUCAUCAUUCAGCUUAAGGCUAUCGUGGACGCAGGAGUAGACUUUAUCGAAGUCAGUGGAGGUUCUAUCGAAGACCCCAUGUUCAGUACCGGUCUUCACACGCAAGUCAAAGAAAGCACCAAAGCCCGAGAGGCCUUCUUUGUUGACUUUACCAAUGCCAUCCGCUCCGAGUUUCCAGACGUUCCUAUCAUGUUGACGGGUGGUUUCCGGUCACGACAGGGCAUGGAGACUGCCGUUGCAGGUGGAACCUGUGAUCUUGUUGGUCUAGCUCGGCCUUCAGUUCUCGAUCCAGGGCUUCCACACAAGGCCUUGGACAAGAAUGUGCCUGAAAAUGGAGCUCUAGCGUAUGCUAAAAAGAUUGAUCCAUGGGGAUGGGCGAAGUAUACUGGAAUCAAGGCUGUCGGCAUGGGAGCCGAAACGUUGUGGUAUACCAAUCAGAUUGGACGCAUAGGUACAGCGCAAUAA